CGCGAUUAGAUAGCUGCUGCGCUAUGUCAUUUCACUGCUUGCUGCCUCGCACCCUGCAUUCACCCUGUGUCGCAAACGCCCUCGCUACAGCUACAAUCGGCUUGCAAGCCCACAAUACUCGCAGAUAUGUCUGACCGCGAUGGAGACUCCACCAUGCACUCUUCCCCCCGCAAUGCCUCGGACGACGAAAUGUUUCCCGACGAGGCGCUUCCAAACAACCCAGCCACGCCACAUAACGCAAAUCUUGCCGCCGUAAACGAAAUCUCGCCGCCAAACUCCCAGUCCCAGACUCGCGAGACAUUGGGUGUAAACUCCAACGGCAAGCGCCCAUUGUCUGGUGGCACAAUGCAAUCCUCGGCAACAAACACCCUGAGCACAAGCGGGACACAUACGGACCCUGAGACAGGUUACCAGUGGAGCAAGCAGGAGGAUCAGCCGGGUUACGAGUGGAUGAACACAAGGGCGAGGGAGGAGGAAAACAGAGCACUCGACAACAUUGUUGACAAAGGAUAUAUGAUCAAACUGCGGUACGGCGAUCCUCUAGAUGCGAGCGUGGCCGCGAAGACGAAGCGCUGAAAGGAGAGACUGGAGCAUCAUACUACUGAAUGAGGUGAACACACUGGCGGGUUGUGGUUAUACGACGAACAGAAGGCCUGGGCUCUAUGGCAUUAAAAAAACGCGCCAUGUAUGAUAUGUCCAAGCGUGUUGUCGGGUAUCGAGCCGUACGUACAA